AUGGAGAUGCUUCUACAUCUUGAUCGCAUACCACGAGUGCACAACAUCCUCGCCGCUGGCUUUGGAUGGAUCCUGCUUGCGGGCUUCCUAGUCAUUCCUGGAACUUUCACUUCAUUCAAGCAGACCGAGGCCUACGAGAAUGCGAGCGGGGACGCUGCCUCGGACAUCGCCAACUCAAUCGUCAACGCCAUCAACAACGUGCCGUUGGUAUACAUCAGCGCCGCUUUGAGCGGAGUCGGGGCCCUUGGUUGUAUAUGGCUCUGGUAUCGGUGGCGGAAGAACUAUGUGUGGUUGAUCAACAGGAUCUUUCUGCCUACUCUUUUGUCGUCGCUUGCCGGUGUGCUCUCGACCAUUGUCAAUGUAUACUCAGCAAGAGAGGGCGUCUGGAGUGUCACGGCCAAGAUCGCCGCAAUUGUUACCGGCAGCUGUGCAGGUGUCUCGUUGGGGCUAUUCCUGAUCUACAACUUCUGGGCCCUGAAGGGUGUGCGCAAGCAGCACGAUGAGGAAUUCCCAGAAGAGUACAGGCGCAAAGAAAAGCAGAAGAAACGGGAGAGUGUUAUGGAGAAAGUGAAGAGGAAGGCACACGAGCCUGCGAUUCAGCCAGGAAGUAUCGUCUGA